AUGAAUUCCAACGUGAAUAUGGGUAACGACUCAUCGAAAGUGACGGGAGCACCGAAGAAAUUGGGAUCUGGAAUCACGCUGAGGUCCGGACCCUCGUCGAAGACUGUUCAACAACAUAUUGAUAAUGCGCGAAAAAGUCGGAUACUGCAGCUGAAAGGUUGCAAUUUGAAAAUUGUACCUGAGCAAUUAAAUGAGGUAAGCGGUAUUUUACGGAAUUUGGAUUUAUCAGAGAACCGAAUUCGAGAAUUACCUGAGUCAGUUGGUUUAUUCAACAAUUUGAAACAGCUGCAUGUGUCCAGCAACCAACUACAAGCUCUUCCCGAUGAAGUGGGAAUGUUGAAAAAAUUGGAAGUGCUGAAUGCUGCUUGCAAUGCAAUCUCCAGUUUACCUGAUUCAUUCGCUGGUUUAUCUUCAUUGAAAGUCCUGAACCUAUCUGCAAAUAAGUUUUCCACAUUACCUGUCGUCUUAACUCAUCUGUUUUCCCUGGAUAAUCUUGAUAUGUCGGGUAAUCUCCUCGAGAAGCUGCCUGAUGAAGUUGGAGCCUUGAAGACAUCAGAAAUGAAUUUCAAUCAGAACCGGCUCAGUUCGUUGAACGAAAAUUUGGCGAAAUGUGAGCGACUGAAAACGCUUCGCGUGGAGGAGAAUUGCUUAAAUAGGAAAGACUUCGGUCCGGAACUGCUUUCAAAUUCAAAUAUAAGCUUGAUUGCAUAUGCGGGAAAUCUUUUGCAAGACAAAGAUUUCCAGAGCUUGCCUGGUUAUGAGGAUUAUCAAAUUCGUUUUACAGCUACAAAGCGGAAAAUGUGA